GCUUCCGGGCGGUGGCGGCGGCGGGCGCGGCGCGAUGUGCGAGCGGGCGGCGCGCCUGUGCAGGGCCGGCGCGCACAGGCUGCUCCGGGAGCCGCCGCCGCAGGGCCGGGCGCUGGGCGGGCUGCUGCGCUGGGUGGGCGCCAGGAUGGGCGAGCCCCGGGCGCCGCUGGCCCCCGACGCCCCCGCCGCCGCCGCUGCGGACCCCGGCCCCGGCCCCGCCUCGCCGCGCGGGGGCACCGCCGUCAUCCUGGACAUUUUCCGACGUGCGGACAAAAAUGAUGACGGGAAGUUGUCGUUGGAGGAGUUCCAGCUCUUCUUUGCAGAUGGCGUCCUCAACGAGAAGGAGCUGGAGGAUCUCUUCCACACCAUCGACUCUGACAACACCAACCAUGUGGACACCAAGGAGCUGUGUGAUUACUUUGUGGACCACAUGGGGGACUAUGAAGAUGUCUUGGCCUCUCUGGAGACCUUGAAUCACUCUGUCCUGAAGGCCAUGGGCUACACCAAGAAGGUGUACGAGGGUGGGAGCAACGUGGACCAGUUUGUGACGCGCUUCCUCCUGAAGGAGACAGCCAAUCAGAUCCAGUCACUGCUGAGCUCCGUGGAGAGUGCGGUGGAGGCCAUCGAAGAGCAGACCAGCCAGAUCCGACAGAACCAUAGCAAAGCCAGCCACGGCGCGGUGGAGCCCUGGUAUGGAAGCCCCACGCCCCCCUACGCCCCCAACCACAAGCUCAUGGCCAUGGAACAAGGGACGAGUCUUCCAUCUGUCACUGCGGACCCCAAGGAGGAGGGCCUGGAAGCCCAGAUCAGCCGGUUGGCAGAGCUCAUAGGACGGCUGGAGAACAAGACCCUCUGGUUUGACCUGCAGCAGCGCCUCUCAGAUGAAGAAGGCACCAACAUGCACCUGCAGCUGGUCCGGCAGGAGAUGGCCGUGUGCCCCGAGCAGUUGAGCGAGUUCCUGGAUUCUCUGCGACAGUACCUGCGGGGCACCGCCGGGACCAAGGACUGCUUCCAAUGGGGCGAGUGAUUCAUCUCCUUGACCUCAGCUAGCUCAUCUGGAAAGCGGGACCACUCCCUGGGGCUGCCGGAGACCGAAAUGGAGCAUUGGACGUGAAGGACUCGGCCAGCCCCUGGCACCCAGUCAGCGCCCACUCCGUGUUAGCUGCCCUGUUACUGCUGUGGCUGCCCCUCAGGGGCCUCGCCGUCUGUCCUGCCACCAAGGCCUGCGCUGAUUUUUGGCAGAGCUGAGCCGGGCAGCCGUGGGCACGUCUGAGUGGCCCACAAAAGACGAUAGCCCUCACCCUCGCCGGGGGUGGCCCGAGAGGGCUGUUGGCACAAGCCGCCAGGCUCUCCAUCCCCUCUCGGGCCCACGCAUCAGCACCCAGCGACGGUAGCUGCAGCCCGUGUCCUGCCUCGAUCCACUCCCUCUUCACUUGGCUUUUUCCCAAGUCGAGAGCACAUGCCUUCAGUCUCCUUCCUGGGGGCCGGCCCGGGGGAUACAGCCACGAAUCAGGAUGCUGCUCUUGCUGAUCGUUUAUCCUAGGUGGUGGGAGAGGGACAAAAGGAGGAUGAUUCUGACUGGUGAUGGAGGCUGAGGGUCCCGAGUGGGGGGCGGUUGGGGAGGGGGCUGCUUUAGGUUGAGGGGCUGCGUGUGCACUGAGGAAGGGCAGUCUGGGCGGGGGGAUCAGCCUGUGCUGAGACCUGGGGUGGCAGCGAGGGCGCCGUGUUUGAGAAAAAGACACUGGUGUGUCUGGACAGAGUGACGAGGGCGGAGGAGGGACAGGGGCGGCGGGCAGGACCCACUCACGUCCACCCUCCAGGCCCUGCUCGUUUGGACCAUAUUGGAGAUGCGUGAGCAGGAGCAAGACAUGGUCUGGUCUCCCUUGUGUGCAGAAGGGUCGGGAGGGGACAAGAUUGCAGCAGGUGGCCAGGGAGAGGCCCUGCAGUCACCGGGCAUGGGGGCAUGGCCUUGGCACGACGAGGGUAGAGCUGAAAUCUGUUUCGGAGCAGAGCUGACCAGACUUGCUGGCGGCCGGGAGGAGGGCGUUGUGGAAGGAGGAGGCAAGACAGAGUUUGAGAUGCUUGGGCUUCAGAAACUCGGAGGAGGAUGGUGCCGUGUACUGAGGAGGUCAGGUGUGCUGGUGGAGGGAGCCACGCAGGCCGUUUGGGCCACGUUAAUUUCGAGAUGCCCAUCGAGGUGUGCGUACAAAUGGGGAGAUCCUGAGAGAGAUGCUGGCUGCCGGGAGAAUGCGGAAGGAGAAAGGGGCCCAGCCGCCCCUCCUGUGCACACGGGUGGCACGCAGUAGGGCUUCACAUCCUGUGUCCUCCCUGCACCCCAAGCCUGCCUGUCUUCUGCCCAUCCAGAGGCCACCUGCACCCCCAGCCCAAGAAAAAUCAAUCAGGACGUCAUUAGCCGAGCAAAUGCAAUCACGGUGAUUGCUUUCAUCUCGGGGCAGCAACCAGCCUUAGAUGCGCCAAAUUGCUCUGAUGACCUUUGUCUGUCGACCGAAAGGCCUGUAAGCAGCGCCGGCUGAGUCUGGCAAAGGGCCAUGGCUUACAUCUGAUUGGCAGGCGGCACGGACCCCGCCCCAUCCUCUCCGGGAGUCACGAGCCCACGGCUCCACGUGUAAUUUUAGGCUGGAGCAUAAUGAACUAAUGAUACCAUUAGCUGCCUGUUUCCCUGCCUCCAUCCUGGGCGGCCCGACCUGGAAUUGCCUGUAAUUAUAAAGCUUGCCUCGAGGAGGUUCGUGGGUUCUGUUCUGCUGAGUGUGUGAAAGAGAAGCGGCCCGGAGCGCCGUGGGGAGGCCAGACCGGGGCACGUUAGAGACGAUGUCAUCUUGGAGGUCAGCCCUCCACCCUGUUCCCCCUCCCCACCAAGUAGGAUCAGUCCUAUUUAAAAUGAGGCGAGUGGCGGUGGGGAGACAUGCUGGACUGAUCAGACGGUAUGGCCGGCCCUGCAGGCUCCGGCAGCAGCAUUAGCAGAGCAGCCUUGGGCUGGUGACAGGCUGGCUGCCUGUCCUGGAACACCCCGGCCCCUGGCCACCCCCUCUCCUGCCAGGCUCGCAUUUCCAGGGUCUUAGGGCACCCCAUAGCCUGGCUCCGGGGGCGCCCUGUCCAGGCUCGUUUGACGGUAGGGAGGUGGCGGGGAGAAGAAGAGAGCAGCCGAGGGGGGCGGGAUGUGGGUGGUGCAGUUUAGUCCACCAGCUCCGGCCUCUCCUCUCCUCUCCCC